ACCUGCCUCGUCUCAGCCCUGCCGCUAUUCAAUCUACCCACCACCAACCCCCCCGUCACCAUGAAAUUAUCUCUGCAAUUGACCGUCUUGCUGCCGUCGCUUCUACACUCCAACCCUUCAGUGCUGGCAUUGCCCGCCGCGAAACCCCAAAAACCUCCAGUGUGCAUCAUCGGCGCAGGUCCAGCAGGUUUAUCUGCAGCCGGCCGCCUCGAGGCAAAGGGAAUUGAAGCCAUCGUAUUCGAGAAGCAGUCCGAACUUGGCGGGAAAUGUCAAUCAUACUACAACGAAGAAGGCAUAUUCCAUCCCCUUGGCGCUGCUUUUUUCUCGAAUGCAUCUCAUCCCAACACACUAAGGCUCGCCACUGAAUCCGGCGUCCAUUUUGAGGAAUUUGCGCUUGCCGGCGCAAGACAACAAUUCUUGUUCAAUGUUUCUACGGGCGCCACUGAACCUGUGCCACCGUUGACUGUGGCAUUCCAACAGCUGGUUGCUGCCGAAAUACCGCGAUACAUUAAUCUGUGGAAUCAACAUUUUGCGCCUGUCAGUACUGCGAAUUACAAGAAAGGUGUACCCGAAAAUCUUACCGUAUCCGGCUCGGAAUGGUUCCGAGCCAACAACUUCACGGCCCUACCCAUCGUUCUGGUCAAUCCACUUGCUUUGUAUGGAUACGGGGAUCUUAGAGCGGUUCCAGCGCUUUAUAUCUUGCAGUACUUCACACCCGACUUGCUCACUGGAUUUCUUGGGCAGCAUGCUGUCUAUUACAUGGACUUUCACAAGAUGCUCGCUGAAUGGGUCAAGAAAAAGGCCUGCAAAACAACCAUCAAUCUUUCUCACGAAGUGCGUUGCAUAGACCGCUCGGAGAAAAAUCCUGUCAUCAAAUACACCAAGCCCCAUGGAAACUUCUACAAAUGGGGAAAACAAGAAUGCGAUUCCUUGAUCUUCGCAUUCCCGCCCACCAUCGAAAAUCUGGAGAGGACGGGUCUAGAUCUAACCGAAGAAGAGCACGAUGUGUUCAAAGACGUCGGCAUCAUGAACUACUACUCGUCCGCGGUGGAGCUCGAGCUCCCUUUCGGUGUGUCCUACAUCGCAAACUCCUCGUCCCCUGAAGUGCCCCCGCCAAACAACGGUCAGCCCGUCGCCGUGCUGCGUCUCAGCCCCAAAUCCAACAUUUCGACAUCGUGGUCAUGGGGCCCGUAUGGGGAGUACCAAGCACAAUCCACAGCCCGCGAUCUUCUCAACACCACCCUUUCCUCCCUCAACAAAGAUCCGAGGAACGUCACUGGACUAGGUCAUCCGCUCGGCACCAAUAGCAUCCGCGAAUUCAGGAAGUGGGACUAUUUCCCGCACUUUGACGCGGAACCGCUCAAGAAUGGCGCAUACGCCAGGUUCAACCGCCUCCAGGGCUGCAACAAGAGUUUUUGGGCCAGCGCACUCAGUGGCAUGGAGCUCGUUGAGUGGGCUGUCCAGGCGGGGCAGGAUAUCGUCGAUACGUAUUACUGA